UGCAGUGUAAGGCGCGUGUGUGGAACGUCACAUGUUAAUCACAUGUUGCUAUCAUGUGUUUGCAGGAAAGGGGUGUCAGCAGGUGGCCAGAAUCUGUUGAAAUGGACAAAGAUCUUCGAGAUGCAGAUUUCAGACGGCUACUGGGAGCUGACCGCAGAGCUGGGCAGGUGCAUUGACGUCGACCUCGACGUCCUUGCCAAUGAGUUCCUCACAAGCAAAGGCAUCCGCUCUCUCGGCGUGAAAGCCCACGCUGACAUCCUGAGGCUGCUGGCGACUCUUGUGGUCCUGCAGCUGAUGAGGUUGGAGAAGCUGCCGGAAGGCCAGCUGCUGCGUACGCUGUUCGCUUUCGAGGAACCUCCGAUCAGCAGGCCGGCCCGCUGGCAGAUCGUCAAGAAUGCGGUGGACUGGGUCCGCUGGGCCGACCGCCAGUACCCCUGCGUCUGCAGCCGGCUUGAGAUGGGUUCGACCUGGGAGUCCGUCACCCGCCAGCUCCUGGGCUACGAGGUCUUGCCCGCCUUGUCGCCUCUUGCUGGCCUGAACCUGAGGAGGAACACGUCCGCCGCAUGUCCCCCUGUGGUCGUCCAGUGAGGACACCCGGCAGCAUGGCAGGAAAGAAGGACGGGUCGCAACAUUAGGUACACAAGCUGAAGCGAUUCCACACGACAGUAUUUAUAUACUUUUUGGUAUUCAGUGUUCCCUGGUUUAUCGCGGGGGAUAGGUUCCCAAAAUAACCUGCAGUAAGUGAAAUCCGCAAAGUAGCCAACUUUAUUUUUUUUUCAAUGAUUCUACAUGUUUUAAGGCUGUAAAACACCUCACCAUACACUUGAUACACUUUUCUCAGACAGACAUGAACAUUUUCCUGCAUUUCUCUCUUGUUUAAACACUCUCAAAGUCCAAACCUUUGUUUGAAUUUUAAUGAUCAACCUACUAGGUUGGACACAAGAAAUUAUUAAUAGUGACUCACACGUAUUUCACUCUUCUGGUCGUGCCUCUUCAUCAUCCUGGCGCCGUUCUGCUCUACUGUAGCGUUUUUGUAUUAUUGUCAAAACAUAUUGUUCCUCUCGUCGUACUUUCCUCCUUCCUUCCUCCUUUCAUAAUAGCACCCUGCAGCCGCAACUGCUUCCUCUUCUGCCUUUUGGGUCCGACCGCAGGUACCUUUGACGGUGCAGAACAUUUUGGAAACAGCAAGUCGGCGAAAGGUGAACCGUGAUGUAGCGAGGGAACACUGCAGUACUGAAUCUCGUUGGGUCGGCGCUUCUCAGCUGAAAUUUUUGAAGUCACGUUUCUCACAAUGUUUUUUUCCAUGUCCUUCCCCUCCCGCUCAAGCUUGACAUAUAUAUAUAUAUAUAUAUAUAUAUAUAUAUAUAUAUAUAUAUAUAUAU